AUGUAUAACGAUCAAACAGACCCUGUGGAGCAUGUAAGCUACUUCAAUCAGAGAAUAGCUGUGCACUCCAAAAAUGAGACUUUAAUGUGUAAAUUAUUCCCAUCUAGUUUGGGACCUGUGGUGAUGAGGUGGUUUGAUGGCCUAGGGGCAGAUUCCAUUGAUUCCUUUAAAGAGCUCACCUGGACAUUUGGAUCUCGUUUUAUCACAUGCAGUAGGGUUCCUUGGCCCUUUGAUUCCCUAUUGUCCAUGUCCAUGCGAGAAGGGAAGACACUGAAAACGUACUCGGACAAAUACUGGGAGAUGUUUAAUGAGAUCGAUGGGGACUUUGACGAUGUGGCUAUAAGGACUUUUAAGGUUGGCUUGCCUACCAAGCAUGAUUUGAGAAAGUCCUUGACCAAGAAGCUGGUAAGGAGUGUGCAUCAGCUUAUGGAUCGUAUUGACGAAUACAAGCGGGUUGAGAAAGACCAGCAGCAAGGGAAGGGAACGGCUAAAGUUAUCCCUCAAGACAAAAGGGAUUUUAGGUCGGAUAGAUACAAUAAUAGUAGGCCUCGAAGGGAUUUUGUUGGGCAAUCUGGGUCUACGGCUCCUAAUGUGGUUAACAUGGUGUUCCGAGAGCUAGUGUAUCAAGUUUUGGAGAAGAUCAAGAACGAGCCAUAUUUCAAAUGGCCAAAAAAGAUGGGAGGAGACCUCAUGAGAGAUGGAAGGUUACAACAAUUUUUGUAUCAGCCCAAUGGGCAUGAAGACAAAGCAGGGUCAAGGGUCCAAGGGAACACUUCUUCAAGGCCCUCUUUGGGUACAAUUAAUGUCAUCUUUAUUGCUCCUAGGAGAACUGGCUCGCAAUCCUCCAGGAUGAUGUCUGUAACUCGGCCACCCACCGAGAACUCUAAUCCUGAGUUGAAGAGGGCUAGAGUGGAGGUCCGAUCGGCAUUGAGCUUUUCGGAUGAGGACAAGGUUGGAACCAUAUAG